AUGUUGGUGGUGCGGUUUUGUUUUAUGGUAUGGGUGCUAAUUGGUAGCAUUUACGUAAAUUGUACUGAGCGAAAGAAAGUGAAAAAGCGCGAUCUGGAAAGGUUAUACGAUCAGUGGAUAGAGAACGAUGACGAUGAAUUGGAGGAGGAUGAAUUGCCACCGUACAAGCGGAAAACACAGCAACCGGAUCUUGAUAAGAUCAUGAAACAGGCGAAGACACCGGAAGAAUUAAUGAUGCUAUCAAAGAAGGGACAGUCUGUGAUGAUGUUUGUUGGUAUCGGUGAUGUUAAUGGCAAACGAGCCGAGAAAUUUUACACGGAGAGGUGGAUUGGGACGUUCACAAUCGACGAUAAUCGUGCAAUCUUCAUGUUUGCAGAUGGAUCGAAAGCAUGGGAAGGAAAAGAUUUUUUAUUGAAACAACCGCAAGUAAGUGAAGUAUCGCUGGAAGGACGACAAUAUCCUGGACCGGCUUUCAAGAAGGAGAAAAAAGAGGAAUUAUAG